AUGUACUAUUUAAAUCCAGAAACUCGCUCAUUAGAAUAUGACACCACACUGGCUAUUUGUGACGCUACUACUGGAAAUGUGAUAGAUAAAUUAUUUAUUGAUUUUCCAUCACUUAAAGAAAUUACUGAGUGUUCAUCUAACGUGUGUCUUAAUAAAUCUUACAUGAAUUAUAAUUUUAUAACAUUUCAAACUGACAUAGAAACAAACAUAAGUCAACUUCAGCAGUAUUUAAAUGACCGCACGAGUAUUAAAGAACACCAACAAUGUUCAAAUGAAAAGUGUGAUGGAAUAAAAAAAACAAAAUUUUUAAUUUCACCAAUGCACCUAUUCAUUGACGUUUUAUUUUGGGAAGGAGAAGACAUGAUUUCAAGUCAGCGAAGCAGUGAAGCUGCUACACUAAUGAAAUUGAAACUGUGUGAUAUUCCUCAAAUACUUACACAUGGUACGAACAAUUAUGAACUGAGGGGUGUACUAUGUUUUUAUAAAGGAAAAGGUGGUUUAAGAAGCUCAGUGGGACACUAUACGGCAUACACAAAAAGAUAUGGCCGAAACUGGGAGUUGUUUGACGACUUAAAAAAAAAACCAAUACCUGUCAAAGAAACGACAACUGUAAAUUGUGAAUUUUUAGUUUAUACUGUAUAA